AAUGGCAUUAAAAGCCGCUUCUUCAGUUACUCCCGAAUCCGACCAGUGGAUAGUUCCGAGUUCAAGUUUUCCGUCUGAGUGGUGAAUUUUCUUCGAAUUUACUUUAAAAAACGAAUAGCUUUUUGUGAUUCAGACUGUUUCGAUAUUUUAUCCGGUCCAGUUCCAAAAUGCACUACAUCUUCAAGAAAGUAACCGAUUCCAUCAACAUCGACUACUUCGAUUUGAAAGGCGCCUUCGUGGACGUUUUGUGAGCCAAUCGAAGUAUUAACCUCAUCUAGUCAGAUUUUAAGUUGAUUAACACUUUUUUGCCCCUUAAAGUGCGUGCCGUAAGUGCCGUGUUCGCUCAGCCACCUAUUAAGUACAAAGUUAGUUAUUAAAGAAGUGCGCAAACGUAUCCUAACGGCGUUUGCUCUAAAAAGUUCCUUUUUUUUAUACGAAUUUCUAAAAUUAACUCUCAAAUUGAAAUCGAAAUUUUCUUUUAAAAAAUUCAAAAAUUAUAUUGUCCUCUCCUUCUUGGAGACCGCGCUGCUAGUCAUUUAAGUGUGUGCUUUUAUUUAUUUGUUUUUUUCGCUGCCCGCGUUUUUUAUUUUUUGAAUCCAUGGCGCGCAACGUGCCCUCUUCCUUACUCAAGCUCUUGAAGCGGCAGAAGCUCGCUGUCAAGCAGAUAGUUCGUCGCCAAGUCACUGCCCCAGCAACUGCGCCUGCCUACCAUAAUCCACAUCAAAGUUUUCAGUUCUCAGAGACCUCAGUGCGACAAUGCCUUCCGUCGCAGCUGAAGCCGAAGCCGCCAGUGUCGGAACUGGGCUUCGGCACCCAAUUCACCGACCACAUGCUCAGAGUCGAGUAUGACGUCGAUAAAGGCGGCUGGCAAUCUCCCCUCAUAGUUCCUCUGGAGCCCCUCACCCUUCACCCGGCUGCUAAAGGGCUCCAUUACGCCCUCCAGCUGUUCGAGGGGAUGAAGGCGUACCGCGGCGUGGACGGUCGGAUCCGGGUGUUCCGGCCGGACUUGAACAUGGCGCGGAUGAACAACUCGGCGCUGCGGAUCAGCCUGCCCCAGUUCGACGGCGAGGAGCUCCUGAAAUGCAUCAAGAAAUUGGUCAGUCUCGACCGGGAGUGGGUGCCCAUCUCGGAGACGGCCAGCCUCUACAUCCGACCCACGCUCGUCGCCACCGAUCCGGUGCUGGGUGUGAACGCGCCCUCCAGCGCCCUUCUCUACGUGAUCCUGAGCCCGGUGGGCCCCUAUUUCCAGACGAUGAAGGCCCUCACGCUACUCGCCGAGCCCAACUACGUCCGCGCUUGGCCCGGCGGCAGUGGCUCCACCAAAGUCGGCGCCAAUUACGGCCCAACCAUCUACGUCCAGUCCGUGGCGAAAGAAGUCGGUGCUCAUCAAAUUUUAUGGCUGUUCGGAGAAAAUCAUGCUGUCACCGAAGCCGGAGCCAUGAACGUCUUUUGCGUCUUCAUCAACGAUAAAGGAAGAAUCGAGUUGAGUACCCCGCCUUUGAAUGGUCUCAUCCUGCCGGGCGUAACCCGUGCCUCGAUUUUGGACCUGGCGCGGGAAUGGAACGAGUUCGACGUCAGCGAGCGCUUUCUCACAAUGAGCGACAUCGUCAAACUGAGGUCGGAGAAUAGGUUACUUGAAUUUUUCGGGUCUGGAACAGCUGUUCUAGUAAAUCCAGUGGAGCGUCUAAUCUACAACAACCAAGUGAUCGACAUUCCUACCAUGGACCAACCAGAUCCUAUCUUUUUACGGCUUCUCAGAACUCUCACAGACAUCCAGUAUGGAAGGCUUAAACACCCUUGGGCAGAGGAGAUCGAUUGAGAUACAUUGAAAUUUCAUUCUACAUCUAUGUUACCAUAAUACUCACAUCGCAAACAAUAUCUGAGGGAAUUCGAGAUAAAUGGUUUGACCAGAUUCCUCCUAAAAUUUCAAAAAGAACCUCUAAUUCAUAUGUAAUGUUAUUUAAUUUACACCCCAGGUCAGUUUUUGAGAGAAACUUUAGAAGUAAUAUCAAACUUAUUUUUGUGGAAAAACAAGUUUUCUAUGCUGGGUUCUGCAAACGUUCGAGCAUUGUUUUUACCAGACCUGUAUUACAUACAAAUGUGAUAAAAAUUUUGUACCUUAAACCUGUAAUAUUUGUUGAUUUGCAAUGUUUUUGUUACUUUUAAUAAACCAUUUUUACGUAAAACGCUGA